AGUGGAGUUGUUUUCGAAGGGACCAUAAGUCUGCGUCCCCAGGUGUCGGCUAAGUCACAAUUUGGUGUAGUUCCUCCUGGCUCCCCUGUGUGUCAAGUCGGCCCCGUAGUGCCAUUUCCACCCGUCCUGCCAUUCACCCCGCCUCUGAUUAAAGCGACGGUCUCCCCAACGCCACCUAAGCAGCAGAGCGCCGUGUCCGCCGCGGACCGGCCGCCUCCCAAGUGGAAGGCUCUUCAGCGCCACCAACUUCAAGUUAGAGUUGGGCACUGCCCGUCUUCCGUCCGCUGCGGUGGCGCUGCCGGCAAGUGGAUAGAGGGCCACGGGGUUCCGGGGCUGUCAACCCCUGUGGGCCAUAUUGAAUAGUUGGUCUUUUACAGGGGAGGACUGUCGGUCUUGGGUAAACCACUGCCUCCCGUGUCACUGGUGGUGUCGGCCGGGCAGCAAAUAAUUUAACAUAGUUAGACAUGGCCCGUCCGCCUUGUGUGAUCCCGCUGCCAUCCUGCCCGGUUUUCUCGAGUCUGCGUUGGUGGGACAUUUUCACCCCCAACCACCGUACGGCACAGGAGUCGGAGGGUGUGGGUCUGGGCUUUGCUAGGCCCCUGCACUGGGUGGAACCACGCAGCUCCAGGGCAGUGAGGGAACCGACGGAGCGCCAGAGACCCCACGAAUCCCUCGGCACCUCCCCCCCCCUACCGCCCCCCCCGCGGGAAUGUUGGAAAACCGGAGACAAACCACCGGCCCCGUGCAAAGUCACAAUGAGGCGGGGCGGGGCUGUUCUGCGGGAGCCAAUGUGCUGCGCGGUUGCCGGUGACGUCACGGCCAAUGGGCAGGCAGCGCGGGACUUUUGAGUCUUCCUCCGCCCAAUCGGGAAAAGGCUGCGCCUAUAAAGGCGGCUGCGCGGGUCGCGCGGAUCGUUGGCGUCUCUGUUCCUGCCCCUGUGUUUUUCGCCGCUCCGCCAUGGCCCGCACGAAGCAGACGGCGCGCAAGUCCACGGGCGGCAAGGCCCCGCGCAAGCAGCUGGCCACCAAGGCGGCCCGCAAGAGCGCGCCGGCCACGGGCGGCGUGAAGAAGCCGCACCGCUACCGGCCCGGCACGGUGGCGCUGCGCGAGAUCCGCCGCUACCAGAAGUCCACCGAGCUGCUGAUCCGCAAGCUGCCGUUCCAGCGGCUGGUGCGCGAGAUCGCGCAGGACUUCAAGACGGACCUGCGCUUCCAGAGUUCGGCCGUGAUGGCGCUGCAGGAGGCGAGCGAGGCCUACCUGGUGGGGCUGUUCGAGGACACCAACCUGUGCGCCAUCCACGCCAAGAGGGUGACCAUCAUGCCCAAGGACAUCCAGCUGGCGCGCCGCAUCCGCGGGGAGCGGGCCUGAGACGGGUCGCCCUCCGCCGUCGCAUCCAUCCAAAGGCUCUUUUCAGAGCCACCCACAGGACCUUGGAAGGAGCUGUUGCCCUAUCUCGAUAAGUCUCAACCGCUACUUAGUGCUCUUUUCGUGUGAAAUAUUUUUCAGUAGUUUAGACUGAAGCAGUUUAUGGUCUUGGGACAUCAAUUAGGAAGGGGUAGGUUUUUACUGCCAGGAAUGUAGGAGUAUUCUAAAAGACUAGAAGGUGAAAGAGAUAUAUGACAAUCUCUGGUUUUUUAACAUUUGCUUUCAAGGUAGGGUCUCACUGUAACCUAGGGUCAUCUGGAAUUCACUAUGUAGUCUGAGGGAGGGUUCGAACUCUGCAAUCCUGCCUCUGCCUCUUGAGUGCUAAGAUUAAAGGCAUGUAACCUCACGCCUUGCCAUUUAAGGCAUUUGUAUUUAUUUGUAGCAAGGUAGGGAAGAGAAGGUGACACCUGGGUCUUUUUCCUCUGCAGAGUGACACCAGAUGGAUGCAUUAACCAUUUUGCAUGUGGCUUUUUAAAAGGUGGUUACUGAGGAAUUGAACUUGACCUAGCAGGUUUUGCAAGCCAUCUCUCCAGCUCCAGUGUGGGCAGUUUUACAGAUGCAUCCUGAGAAGUUUUCUCAGAAAACAUGUACCCGAGCAAUGCCAGAUUCUUGGCCACAUCACAGAAAUGUCAGGAGAAGCCAGUAUAAGCAGAAUUGGAGUUUAUUAGAAAACAUUUUUGGAGCUGGGUGUGGUGGCACAUGCCUUCAAUCCCAGUGCUUGGGAGACAGAGGAGGGAUAAUUGUGAGUUCAAGGCUGAUCUGGGACUACAGA